AUGGCACAGCGCGCGGUUUUGUUCCUGCUGUGGCUCGUGGAUGGCUCGCUCGCCGGCUUCCCCAACCAGAUUAACAUCGGGGGGCUCUUUAUGCGCACCACGGUCCAAGAGCACAGCGCGUUCAGGUUCGCUGUCCAACUCUACAACACAAACCAAAACACCACUGAGAAGCCUUUCCACCUCAACUACAACGUUGACAACCUCGAGUCGUCCAACAGCUUUUCGGUCACCCAUGCGUUUUGCUCCCAGUUCUCGCGCGGAGUCUACGCCAUCUUCGGAUUUUACGAUAAGAAGUCGAUGAACACGCUGACGUCGUUCUGCGGAGCGCUGCACACCUCCUUCGUCACGCCCAGUUACCCCACGGACAACGAGGUGCAGUUCGUCAUCCAGAUGAGACCUGCUCUCCGCGGGGCCGUGCUCAGCCUGCUGUCCCAUUACAAGUGGCAGAAGUUUGUGUAUCUCUACGACACGGACCGAGGUUUCUCCAUCCUCCAGGCCAUCAUGGAGGCGGCCGUGGCGAACAACUGGCAGGUGACGGCGCGCUCGGUCAGCAGCGCCACCGACGCGGCGGAGUUCAAACGCAUCAUCGAGGAGAUGGACAGGAGGCAGGAGAAGCGUUAUGUCAUCGAUUGUGAGGUGGACCGGAUCAACACCAUCCUGGAGCAGGUCGUGGCCCUGGGGAAGAACAGCCGCGGUUACCACUACAUUCUGGCCAAUCUGGGAUUUACCAACGUGAGCCUGGACAAAGUCUUCGCCGGCGGAGCCAACAUCUCGGGGUUUCAGAUUGUGAACCCGGAGAACCCCAUUGUACAACAGUUUAUGCAGCGCUGGGAGCGGCUGGAUGAAAGAGAAUUCCCAGAAGCCCGGAACGCUCCUCUGAAGUACACCUCGGCCCUCACCCACGACGCCAUCCUGGUGAUCGCAGAGGCGUUCCGGUACCUGCGGCGCCAACGCGUGGACGUGUCCCGCAGAGGCAGCGCCGGGGACUGUUUGGCCAAUCCCGCCGUACCCUGGAGCCAAGGCAUCGACAUCGAGAGAGCGCUCAAAACGGUUCAAGUGCAGGGGAUGACGGGAAAUAUCCAGUUUGACAACUACGGCCGCAGGACCAACUACACCAUAGACAUUUAUGAGAUGAAAACAGGUGGGCCGAGGAAGAUCGGGUACUGGAACGAAUACACUCGCUUUGUAAAUAUUAUGGACCCGCAGGUCUCCAACGACUCCUCAGUGGAAAACCGAACGAUUGUGGUCACUACUAUUAUGGAAGCUCCUUAUGUGAUGUACAAGAAAAAUUAUAUGCAUCUGGAGGGGAAUGACAGAUAUGAAGGCUACUGCGUCGAUUUAGCAUCUGAGAUUGCCAAACAUGUUGGAAUUAAGUACAAACUGUCUAUAGUAAUGGAUGGGAAGUACGGAGCCCGUGACCCCGAGACCAAGACGUGGAACGGGAUGGUGGGUGAACUGGUCUAUGGGAGAGCAGAUAUAGCAGUUGCGCCUCUCACCAUUACACUGGUUCGAGAGGAGGUGAUAGACUUUUCCAAGCCCUUUAUGAGCUUGGGCAUCUCCAUUAUGAUAAAGAAGCCGCAAAAGUCCAAGCCGGGAGUGUUUUCUUUCCUGGACCCGCUGGCCUAUGAGAUCUGGAUGUGUAUAGUGUUUGCCUAUAUCGGGGUGAGCGUGGUUCUGUUCCUCGUGAGCCGCUUCAGUCCGUACGAGUGGAAUCUGGAGGAGCAGGACGAGACCAAAGACCCUCAGACUCCUCCAGACCCUCCCAACGACUUCGGCAUCUUUAACUCGCUCUGGUUCUCCCUGGGUGCCUUCAUGCAACAAGGCUGCGACAUCUCACCAAGGUCUCUGUCUGGGCGCAUCGUCGGCGGGGUGUGGUGGUUCUUCACCCUCAUCAUCAUCUCGUCCUACACGGCGAACCUGGCGGCCUUCCUCACAGUGGAGAGGAUGGUCUCUCCCAUAGAAAGUGCAGAGGAUCUGGCCAAGCAGACUGAGAUAGCAUAUGGCACUUUAGACUCAGGGUCUACAAAAGAGUUUUUUAGGCGAUCCAAAAUAGCAGUGUAUGAGAAGAUGUGGUCUUACAUGAAAUCCGCCGAGCCGUCUGUGUUUGUAAAGACGACUCCGGACGGCGUUGCCCGAGUCCGGAAGUCGAAGGGCAAAUUCGCCUUCCUCCUGGAGUCGACCAUGAACGAGUACAUCGAGCAGAGGAAGCCGUGCGACACCAUGAAGGUCGGAGGGAACCUGGACUCCAAAGGCUACGGCAUCGCCACGCCCAAAGGCUCCGCAUUAAGAACUCCUGUAAACCUUGCAGUAUUGAAACUCAGUGAACAAGGCAUCUUAGACAAGCUGAAAAACAAAUGGUGGUACGAUAAGGGUGAAUGUGGAACCAAGGACUCGGGAAGUAAGGACAAGACAAGCGCUCUGAGCCUAAGCAAUGUGGCAGGGGUCUUCUAUAUUCUGGUCGGAGGGCUGGGGCUUGCCAUGAUGGUAGCCCUCAUAGAGUUCUGUUAUAAGUCACGGCAAGAGACCAAAAGGCUCAAACUGGCCAAGAACGCUCAGAACUUUAAGCCGGCUCCCCCGACCAACACCCAGAACUUUGCCACAUACAGAGAAGGCUACAACGUCUACGGAACCGAGAGCGUAAAGAUAUAGAGGUUCAGGACACAUGUCUUUGUCCCUUAUACUGUGACUUACCAUGUACUGUACAAAGGACAGAUCAGGGGACAGAGCUGCAGCUCGGCGUCCUCUCGCUCGGACAGAUCAUCUGCAGUGACGACACGACUGGUCAAAGGAAGAGCCUUUUCUCCUCAGUGCCUUAUGGAACUCUGAGUCCAAUCAAUGCAACUCAUACACAACUCAAAUUGCUUUUUUGCUUGAAAAAACACAAAGAAACAGAAUAAGGAGCAGAGAUUUAAAAGAGUCCAACAUUGACUGAGAAUGAACUAAAGCCAUCAUUUGCAAUCCUAAGCACACUUUGAAGUGCCAUAGAAGACAAAUAUUAUAUAUGUGGAAUCAAUUUGUUGUUCUCAUUCUGAUCUGAUCCUCAUGUUUCUGUACGUUUAUUAGACAACUGCAGUGACUGUAUCACACUGGGUAUUAUAACGCUCGCUUUUAUACUGUUAUGGGCCACUUUAGUGACUGUGUUCCACUUUUAAGAGGCAGACCUUCAGAGAGAAACGCCCAAACUAUGUUUGUAUUCAAACGGUGCUGCUGCUCUCCACGGAGCAGGACACGAGCCGCACUUCCAAAACUGCCAGGAGAGAGACACCAGGGUGUUUAUGCUUGAGUUCUGUUUGUGAUUUACACUUUGUAAAAUAAGAAGGACAAAAUUAAACUCCCUGAAGUCAGUAGUCUUCUGUAUAUGACAGUAACCAAACCAAGGUAACUCAAUGUACAUGAACUGAAGCCCGACGAAGGACAGCGGCGCUCGGCGCUCCAGUAUUAUGGACAUCUGCUAUUUUCUUCAAUAACUGCACAUUUAUAGCCAACUGUGGUUUACUUUCCAUCUCACAUUUUUUAUGAAGCAUUACCGUGUUUGGUGACUUCACUUAGUAACUAAAAAAUAAAUAAAUAUAUUAAGAAACAGGGAGAGUCCUGAAGCUUAGCACAUUUCCAUAUUGCUGUAAUGUUUUCUUUCCAAAAGACUGUGAUUUCAUAGGAUUUAGAAAGAUUAUUAUAAUAACCUAUGAACAAAUAGUUUUCUAUUCAAUGAUAAUGUGAAGCAAAAGAGCUGAAACUGUGUACAUUUACAUGACUUAUAUGGAAACGAUCUGUUCUUUUUGUUCUGUUGAGAAACUGCAUGUGACUCUGAUGAAGCGUUUUACUCACGGCUGACCUUAGGUUCAACCUAGAAUCAGGCAUUUCUUUUGUAAAUCACCUUUUUGUAAGUCUCACCUCUGUGAAUCCGACUCACCAGGUGUAAAGUAGUGAGUGAAAAGAGCCAGAUGCAUGAGCCUCAUUAGAGAGGCGUUGUACAGACAAAUUUUACUAUAUUUUGUAAAUAAAUUGUACAGAAAGA